CAGCUGUCAUUACCAACGACUGUAUUUAUCUCUGAGGCUACAGAGUCCAGUUUUACUGACAAAAAAAAAAAUGUCCGGCGAACGUCUCCGCAUUGGCUAUGUGCCCGAACACUUCUCUACCCCCCUCCACUUUGCACUGACGCAUUAUGGCCUCGAUGCGGAAGCUAUUCCCUUCCCCUCCGGCACAGGUCACAUGGUCACAGCCUUGAGAGCUGGCGAGAUAGACAUUGGAAUUGGUUUGACUGAAGGAUGGAUUGCCGGUCUGGGCAAAGAAGAGGUCGAAGGCGAUGGAGGAUACCGCUUGGUUGGCACAUAUGUUGACACACCACUUUGCUGGGCGAUUUCAACUGGCGCCCAACGUCCUGAAAUCACCUCUAUUGAGUCUCUCAAAGGAGGAAAGAUUGGCGUCUCGCGUAUCGGCUCUGGCAGCUAUGUGAUGGGCUUUGUGCUGGCCGACAAGCACGGCUGGCUCGUGCCCAACGCCUCGACACAAAAGCCGUUUAGCGACAAUGUGGUUCUUAACACAUUCGCAAACCUCCGUAAUGCUGUCAAUUCGGGCGAGGCCGACUUUUUCAUGUGGGAGCACUUCACAUCCAAGAAGUUCUACGACUUGGGUGAGAUCCGUCGCGUAGGCGAAAUCUACACUCCAUGGAGCAGCUGGAAGAUUGUUGCCUCUACCAAGCUUGCCAAGCAAGGUGAACCUCUCGAUGCUCGCAUCAAAGAUUUGUUCGCCAAACUAGACAAGGGCGUGACACACUUCAACGAAAACCCCGAGGAGGCUAUCACAUACAUCUCCACCAACUUGGACUACACCGAAGCUGAUGCCAGAGAAUGGAUGAAGACUGUUAAGUUCCCAUCUGCUACGGAAGGUGUCAAGCCUGAGGUUGUCUCAGACUGCAUCGGCAUUCUUCAGAAAGCUGGCGUCUUGGCAAAGGAUAAAGGGAUGCAAGCUGAUGCCAUGGUUGUGCGGGACUAGAAGGGUGGCUUAAGCAGUAUAGUCUACCCAAUGAAAAUAAACCUUUAAAUCUCUGAAAAUC